AUGACGCCCGAGGAUUAUACAAAGUACAUGCGAGAGCAUAGAUUGGAUCCUGAGAAUCGACCAAAAGAUCGCGGCGAAGCCAUACAUUCGGCUAUUCUCGACAAGAGAGUUUACAUCGCCAUCGAGCUUCUGAACCUGUACCCAGAAGACUGCCUUGAGGCGAGAAGUCAGAAGGGAUCCCCAAGGUGGCGCACUCCGUUGCACAACGCAUGCGAGCACAACCGUACAUUGGUUGUCAAAGAACUUCUCGAUAAAGGAGCCGAUUCCAAUGCACGAAGCUUUCACAGACUUACUCCGCUUGUAUUCGCAGUUGAAGCAGAGAAUCAUGAGAUUGUGAAACUUUUGGUGGAAAAAGGGGCCGACGUCAAUCUUCAGUCGGAUGCAAAGACUAACGAACGAAGCGCACUCCACGUUGCCGCGAACAUAGUGUCUCCAGACAUUAUCUUGACUCUUCUACAUAAUGGGGCAGACCCGAAGCUUGUGACGAAGAAUGGCAAUACUCCUCUACACUUCGCUGUUCGAUCUGGUUGUGCAUCUGCUGCCGCUCUUCUACUAUUUCAUGGGGCGUCACCUACAGCCAUGAAUGAGAAGGGAGAAUCGCCAAUCAAUCUCAUCGAGAACUUGGGAAAAGACGAUCAUGAGAAAUUUACUCACAUCUUCGAGUGCGCUCAGAAGAAAGGUGACUUUGGGGAUUCAUUCAGUCAACAUCUUCGGCGGAAUGCACCAAUCGACAUUGUUUCUGCAUUACACUGGGCUAUUUCGCAUGAUCUUGACGGAGCUGUUGCUUACCUGCUUCAUGUCGAGUCACACGCAGUAGAGGCGAGGCUGUCUAGCGGGUGGUAUCCGCUCCAUGUAGCAGCGAGGGGUGGACACGAGAAAUGUGUUGCGGUUCUUCUCGAACAUGAGGCAAAAGUUGAUUGUAAAACCAAGACAGGCCGGACACCACUAAUGAUGGCAGCCGAAAAGGGCGAUAGGAAGAUUCUUCGGGUUUUGUUGAACUACGAUGCUGACCGCUCGGCAACCAAUGCAAACGGGGACACUGCAUGGAAGAUUGCUAGACACCAUGGUCACCGGUUCCCAAUGCUGUUGGCAGUUAGGCACGUCAGACCCUCAAACAUAGACCGUGGGGGAAAGGAAACAGACGAAGAGACCAGACUGGCACCCCCAAAGGAGAGGCCGCACUGCAGAACGCCUUCUCCAAGUUCAAGAGAUGUCGCAGAAGACACAGAUGCGAGAUCAGACGAGGCGUCAACUGAAACACCCCAAAACUCGGAGUAUUUCGAAGACUUUCUCAAGACUUUGGAGCAAACAUGGUAUCAUAAGAUACAGUGGAAUCCAGAAGACGACGUCGAAAACCCUCGGAAAGACUGGACUGGUCCAGUGAAGAUCGCCAUACUUGACACUGGGAUCGACCUCAGCCAUCAAGACUUUAGUCAGCGGGCCAAGAGGAGAACAAAAAUAGGAUUGAAACAUGUCUCGGAAAAGACGCAGCGUGAGCGGAUCAAAGCAUGCAAGAACUUUACAGAUGGGCCUGAGCAUGAUGUGACUGAUAACGACGGUCACGGUACUCAUAUUGCUGGUCUGAUCAUGACUAUUGCCCCACGCGCUGAGCUAUACAUUGCAAAACUAAUAAUGUUCGAGGCUCUUAAGUGGGCUAUUGAAAAUAAGGUCAACAUUAUCAACAUGUCACUUGGCUUCUCUGAGCUUGGUUCUCUCGAGCUUACCAAAACUCUGAGGGAUGCAGAUAGCAAGGGGAUCAGCGUUUUCGCUGCUGCUUCAAACCAUGGCAAUCGUAACCCCAUAGCCUGGCCAGCGCGUGAUCGCCGUUUGGCCAUUUGCGUGGGAUCGAACGACGAGAUGAGCAAGCUUUCAACAUUCGCUCCCAGCACAAAUAGUAAGUUUCCAAUUUUCGUCACCUACGGUGAGAAUAUAUACAGCCAUUGGCCCGGCGGCGGUUAUCGCAAGAUGAGCGGCACAUCAGUCUCAACACCGAUUGCUGUGGGCAUGGCAGCCAUGAUAAUCGCCUUUCUGAACAAGACGAAUGAAUGGGGGCAAGAUGACAAAGCCGGCCUUCUUGGAAGAAUAAAGGAAUGGCGGAUAAGAGGUACUGAAGGUAUGGGAAGAGUAUUGGAGAAUAUGUGUCGUGACAUCAACGGACUCAAGCUUCUAUCACCAAAGCUGAUGUGGGAGGACGAUACUGUGCCGGACCCGAAACCGAUACAGAUUCUUGCUUUCCUGAGUUUCUUCGAAGGGUGCGAGAUCGCCGGUUGA